GAUGACUUAUUGGCAGGAUGGCAGCUGUGUAAAUAUAGUUUUGCGUGGCGCAGCACACGCAGCAGUGAUGCUCGCCUGGAGACUGCAGGAUGGCGCGCAUGGUUGCGUAUCGAUCGCUAACCGGAUUGAGUGGCGUAGUGGAGCUCGGGGAGCAGGUAGACUCGGACGUCGGAGACUUGCGUAGUAAAAUCUCCUCUGCCCACCCCGCGCUCUCGCGUUUCAAGAUAUUAUUUAAGGGCGCACCGGUCCUCGACAGCACCCCCGUGGCGGACCUGGGACUGGGACCCCAUGACUUCCUGACCCUCAUCCCGCUGGCGGCCGGCAAGGACCGCAAGGGCGCCCGCGGCGCGGCCCCCACCGGCGCAGCCGCCGCCGCAAGCGCAGCCCCCGGACCACCGCCUCCCACUGCCGCCGGCCGCAGCGCCCCAGCUGCGCCUGCGCCAGCCGCUACUGCCACAGCGCCCGGGCCGCCAGCGGCAGCAGCAGCAGCAGCAGCAGCAGCAGUAGCAGAGGAGCUACUGCCGGUCCCGCUCUCCGUCGACCAGCACGUGCCGUACAGCAGCCACGGCCACGGCGGUCUGAUCACGCUGCUGCCGGGUUACGAGUCGCGUCCAAACCGCACGCCCACCAAACUACGGCAGCUGCCGCCGCCGCCGCCGCAGCCGCAGCCGCAGCAGCUGCAGGCUGCGGCGUCCGUAGUCCCGCCGCUCCCUCCUCGCGCCGCCGCCGCCGCUGCUGCUGCUCCUAUCCUUGCUGCUGCUCUUGCGGCGGCUGGCGUCCCUCCUGCAGUCCAGCACGCGGAGCCCCCGCUGCAGGCGGAGCGCCGCCCGACUGGGGUGGGCGCUGGGCAGGGUCAGGAUGUGGGCGGCGGGCCGGGCCAGGUUCAGGGGAGCGUUCCGGAGGUGAGGAGCAGCAGCCGGCGGCCGCCGCCGCAGCGCUUCCUGUUCGGCCCCGCCAAGCCGCCAGAGGAGAGCGCCGCCUGCGCGCCGCCUCCAGCCCAUGCAGCGCACGCGGUGGAGCCGGCGCCGGCGGCAGCAGCCGCUACGCAGCCCCUUUCAGCGGCUGCGGCAGCAGCAGGAGCGGCUGCUGCCGCGGCGCGCCUGCCGUACGCAUCCGCGUCCGGUGCGCAGUCCGCAGCGGCCACAGACGUGCAAGGCCAUGACAGCGCCGGCGGAGCGGCUGUAGCGCCUGAAGGAGGCGCUGCGGCCGCCGCCGCCGCCACCGCCGCCGGCAGCAGCACGUCAGGCGACUUGCUGUCGGAGCUGUUUGCAGAGCUGGGCUCGGCGCCGCUAAGCCGGCGCGGCCAGGAGCAGCGCUCGGAGCAGGCGGCGGGCGCGGUAGCAGCUGGGGCAGCUGGUGGCGGAGGUGGGGGUGUUGGUGCUAGUGGAGGCGGAGGCGGAGCGGGGGAGGCGGCUGUGCUUUCCGGCAGUGCGGCCGCCGCCGCCGAAGCGAUGGGCGCCCCGGCUGCCACUGGCCGUCGGCGCGGUGGCGGUGGCGCGGCGGCGCGCGGCGGCCGCGGCAAGGCAGAGGCGUCUGUUGCGUGCCGUGGGCCUGCGGCAGUAGCAGCUGCAGCUGCAGCAGCGGCUGCUGGCACCGCCUCGGAUGUGGAGGUACGGGAGGCGGGCGUGGGGGAGAUGCAGCAGGCAGGACAGGCAGGGGCGGAGGGUGAGGAGCCCGAGCAGCUGCUGCGGCCGCCAGCAAAGCGGCCACGCCGCGCAGCCGCCGCGGCCGCGGCCGCCGCCAUCGCGACGGCUGGCGGCGCCCGGCGCAGCCGCGGCAGCGCAGCUGCACACACCGGCGCUGCUCGCACUGCUGCCGCCGCUGCCGCCGCUACUGCAGACGCGGCUGCCGGUGGUGGUGAUGAGGACAUGGCGGUCACCUCGGCAUCUGAGGACUCGCAGGGUGCUGAUGAGGACGUCAAUGUGAUUGAGGAGGAGGAGCGGGAUGCAGGGGAGGAAGAGGCGGCACGGGGCCCAGUGAAGGGGCAGGGGCACCGGGGGAAGCGGCUGCGCAGUUCCGGGCCGGCGGGACGCAAGGGCGGCAAGCAGCGGCCGAUCACUGGAGCCUCCGACGGCGACGACGUCGCCGGGCAACGGGACGAGGCGGCGGCACUGGUGGGCAGCAGCAGCGGGAGGGCUGCAGCCGGUGGGACGCGCCGGAAGCAAAAGGCACAACAGGUGCAAGGGGGCGCAGCCGCCGGCACAGGGCGGGGCGGAGCUGUCAAGGACGGCGCAACAGCGGGGCCGGAGGCCGCCACUGCAUCGCAACCGUCACUCGGCACCACCACCGCCGCCGCCGCCGCCGCCGCUGCAGCAGCCACAGGAGGCGGCGACGGCGGCGGCGACGGGGCGGUGCGGACGGAUGGCAUUGGCGGCGCGCGGCCUCGAGGGCGUGGCGGCACCUACCCGCGCUCGGGCCCGGCGUUUGACCGCGCCGCCGCCGACUGCCUGCUGCCGCUGCCCCCUGCGCUGGUGCGGCUGGAGCGGCUGUUCGGGCGGCUCAACACGCUGUACGCCUUCAUGGUGGGCCGCCAGGUGCAGAUGACCUGGGCGAACGCGUCAUCCGCGCUGGCGGCCGGCGCCCCGGCGUCGCAGCAGCAGCCAUCAGCAGGCGCUGGUGGUGCCGGCGCCGGUGCUGCUGGUGCUGGUGGUGGUGCUGGUGCUGGUGGUGGCGGUGAUGGUCCACACAAGGGUGUGGGUGUGGGUAUGUGUGUGGGUGUGGGUGUGGGUGAUCACUACAGCCUGGACGACCUGCGGAUGGCGGCGGCCAUGGCGCCCGGGGUGCUGGUGGUCAAGCAGCCGCCGCCGCACGUCGUGACGGUGGCGGCGGCCGGCGGCGGCGGCGGUGAAGGUGGAGGUGGAGGUGGAGGCGGCGGUGGAGGUGGAGGCGGGCGCUGCACGUGCUGGGGUGGGGCGGGUCAGGCCGGUGGCGGCGCUGAUGAGCAGGCCGCGCCCGCGCCUGGCGGUUUCCUUCCUGAUGGUGAUGCUACAGCUGGGACUGGUGCAACACCCGCUACAGCCGGCGGCGGCGGCGGCAGCCUUCACACGGUGCUUGCCGCGCAGGGCUGGCAGACGCGCAUGGCGGACCGCACCUCGCUCAUGGACGCGAUCACGACCGCCGCCGUGACGGAGCGGGAGGAGCAGCAGGCGCACCGGGCCUGGCGCGAGCAGCAGCAGCGGGCGGGGCAAGACCCGCAGCAGCAGCAGGAGCAGCAGAAGCAGGAGGAGCAGCACCCGCAGCAGGCGGGGAAAGAGCAGCAGCAGGAGGGGCAGGCAGGGAGUGGAGGCGGGGCGGGAACCGGGGGUGUUGACGGCGGCGGUGGCGGCGGCGGCGUGUGUGGCCACUGCCGGGCUCAGGCGGCACAGGCCGCUGCUGACGCGGCCGACGCGGCCGAGAUGCAGCUGCACAUCGAGCUGGUCGACCCGGGCAGGUCUCAGCCGCUGCUUUACGAGGAGCAGGCGGGUGGGCCGGAAGAGGCAACCGAGGAUAGCAAGGGGGCGGAGCCGGCCGGCGGCGGGUCCAAGCGCCGCGUGCGGCGGACAGGCUCUCGGCCGCCACCGGUGCCGCUGGACGACGGGCGGCGGCUGUGGUUCGCGUCCAACGUCAACACCAGGCGCCUGGCCGCCUUCCGCCGCAGCCUGGUCCGCGCGCUGGAGCACCUGCACGCCGACCACCUCCUCGCCUGCGGCCCCACACACACAGCCGCCACCGCAGCCACCAAUCACACCCACGCUAGCAAUCCCUUGCCGCCACAGCCGGAGCCAAAGUCACAGCCGGAGCCACAGACACAGCAGCCUCAGGACGGGGCAGCGGUGGUGCCUAUGGAGUGCGGGGCUGGUGCGAUUACGGCACGAGGUGCUGCUGGUGUCACCACCACCACCGCCACCACCACCACCACAGCCACCACCACCGCCACCGCCACCAUCAUCACUACGAUCACCACCACUACCACAACCAUCACCACCCCCGCCGCUCCCGCUCUCGCUGCCGCUGCCGCUGCCGCUCCCGCUCCCGCUGCCGCUAUCGCGCCCGCCGCCGCCCCCACCGGUACCGGUGCCUAUGGCGGCCCGGGCCCCGGCGCUGCCGAGCACCACCUUGACGCCGCCGGCUGGGACGCCGUGUCGCGCCGCGCCUGGCACCCCGCCUUCCAAGCCGCAGUGGCCGCCGACCGCUUCAGCCGCCAGCAACUCAUGGCCGCAGCCGCCGCCGCGCGAGCCCGCCAGGCGGUCCUGGCGGCGGCCCGCCGCGGCGGCGGCGGCGGCGGCGGAGGCGGCGGGCGGGCGGCGGCGGGCGGUGCGGCGGCUAGGCCGCCCAGUCUGUUGAAGCAGUACGAGCCGUGUACGUCGGCUGCACCGCUGACGCCGCGGCAGCUGCUGCAGCACCUGCAGGAGCUGCCCUGGUACCGCGGGCAGGUGGUGCACGUGGAGGUGCAGCAGGGCCGCCCCGCCGCCUACGCCGUGCCGCGGGCUCCGCUGGCGCCGCCGGUGCUGAGGGCGCUGGCCUGGCUGGGCAUCACCCCCGGCGCCGAGGCCGGAGAGGGCUGCAGCGGCGGCGGCAGUAGCAGCAAUGGCGGCAGUAGCAGCAGCAACGGCGGCAGUAGCAGCAGCAACGGCGGCGGCGUGCGGCUGUAUCGGCACCAGGCGAUGGCGGUGGAUGCCGUGCUGGGGUACGGGCGGCGGCGGCGCCCGGCGGGCGGGAGCGGGGGCGGAAGUGGGGCGGGCGGCGGCGCGGCAGGCGGCAACGCAGGUGCCGGUGGUGGCGGCGGCGACGACGCAGGUGCCGAAGCGGCUGUGCGCGGUCGGGGUCAGCACGUGGUGGUGUGCACCGCCACCGCCAGCGGCAAGUCGCUGUGCUACCUACUGCCGCUGCUGCAGGCUCUGUCUGAGGACCCGGACUCGUGUGCGCUGCUCAUGUUCCCAACCAAGGCACUGGCGCAGGACCAGCUGCGGGUGCUGAGGGGCCUCCUGACCGCGGCCUUUGGACUGCCGCCGCCGGGGCAGCAGCAGCAGCAGCCGGCGCCGGGGGCCUGGGGCCCGGCGUGGGCGGGCCGGGAGGGCUUCGUGCCGUCUGUGGAUGUGUACGACGGUGACACGCCGCAGUACGAGCGCGCCGACGUGCGCGGCCGUGCCCAAGUGCUGCUGACCAACCCCGACAUGCUGCACUGCUCGCUGCUGCCCGCGCACCGGCAGUUCGAGCGGCUGCUGGCCAAACUGAAGCUGGUGGUGGUGGACGAGGGGCACGCCUACCGCGGCGUGUUCGGCGCCCACACCGCCCUGGUGCUGCGCCGCCUGCGCCGCCUGUGCGCGCACGUGUACGGCUCCGACCCGCGCUUCGUCAUGACCAGCGCCACCGUGGCAAACCCGCUGCAGCUGGCAGCCACCGUCAUCGGCCUGCCGCCCCCCCGAAACUGUACGACGCCACCCGCCGCAGGGCCGCCUGCUGGUGCUGGUGCUGGUGCUGCUGGUGCUGCUGACGGAGGAGGAGGUGGUGGUGGGAAGGAAGGGCGGGGGCCGGAGGGGGAGGAGCAGGAGGGGGAGGAGGAGGACGAUGCCGAUGCGGAGCUGGUGCUGGUGGCGGCGGAGCAGGACGGCUCGCCCUGCGCGCCGCGGCGCUUCGUGCUGUGGAACCCGCCGCUCACCGAGAAGGCGCAGAUCGCGGCGGAGGAGCGGCUGCGCGCGGCGCGCCGGGAGCAGCAGCACCAACACCUGCAGCAGCAGGCGGCGGCGCAGCUGGCGGCGGCACAGGUGCUGCAGCAGGGGCAGCACAGCGGCGGCGCAGCCGCGGUGGCGGCGACCGCCGCGGCGGCGGCGGCGGCCGCCGCGGCGGCGAUGAGCGUGAUGUCGCGUACGGAGGCUCGGGCCCGGGCUCGCAUCAGCCGCAACGCCAUUCGGGCGGCGCAGCGGCAGCAGCUGCUGGAGGCGCGUACGGCGCGGGCGCGGGCGGCGCAGCUGGCGGCGCAGCGGCUGGCGCCCGGCGGCGGCGGCCCAGGGCUGGCGGCGGAGAUGGCGGCGGUGGCGGCGGCGGCGGCGCCGCUGCCGGCGCUGAAGGACGCGGUGUUCGGCCAGAGCCCCGGCCGGCGGCGGGAGGGCGCGCGGCGGCUGGAGCAAAUGACGGCGGCGGCGCAGGUGCAGGCGGCGAAUGUGGCGGCGGCCGCCGCCGCGGCGGCGGCGGCGGCGGCGGAUGGCGCUAAGCUGUUUUCAGGCGUUCCAGUUGGUCUGCCGGGAGGAGUGCCGCAGGAGCCGGAGGCGACGGCGGCGGCAGCGACGGCUAGUACCGGCGGCGGUCACGUGAGUCCGGUCAAGCAGGAGCCGCAGGAGGAGGCCGCCGCGCCCGGUGUCGUGGUGGAGGUGGCGGCGGCGGCCGCUGCUCCGCCGCCGCCGCCGCCGCCGUCGCCGCACCACCGCUACCUGCAGGACCAAGGCAAGCCCGCGCCAAGAGCUCGGCCGCUGCCGCUGCCGCUGCCGCUGCCCGCAGCAGAGGCCGCAGACGCAGCAGCAGCAGCAGCAGCAGUAGCAGGGGCAGGAGCAGCAGCGGCGGCGCGGUUCACGCGCGCCCAAGCCGCCGCCAGCGCAGUCAAGCGCGAGCCGGGGCUGGAGGGCUCCGGAGGAGGGGACGCGGCGGCGGUGGUGGCGGCGGUGCGGGCCGCACUCAGCGCCGCAGUGGACGUGGCAGCAGCUGGCGGCGGCGGCGGCGGCGGCGGCGGGAGCUACUACUCCUCGGGCCGCCGGCCUGCGCCGCAGAUGGCCUCUUUGGCCGCCGGCAGCGCAGCCGUCGGCGACACCGCCGCCGCCGCCGUCGCCGCCGCCGCCGCCGCGCCGGUGGGUGCGCCGGCGGCGCCGUUGCCGCCGCGCCGUCAGGUCGUCAUGAGAGGCGGCGGCGGCGGCGCCGCUUCCGCUGCCCUGGGGCUUCAGGCGGUGGCGGGCGAUGUCGCCGCCGCCGCCGGCACCGACCUGCGCUACCUUGCGGAGGCGUUGGCGCGGCUGCCUGACACCGCCGCCUGGGGGCUGAUGGAGGCGCGUGUAGCGCGUGAGAAGCACGGCGCGGCGGGGACGGCUCUGGAGCACCGGCGGGACUCGCCCAUUGUGGAGAUGAGCCUGCUGCUGGCGGAGUGUGUCCAGCACGGGCUGCGCACCAUCGCCUUCUGCAAGAGCCGCAAGCUGUGCGAGCUGGUCACCGCAUACACGCGCGAGACGCUGGCGGCCGUGGCGCCGCACUGCGCGGACCGCAUCAAGGUGUACCGGGCCGGCUACAGCCCCUCCGAGCGGCGCUCCAUGGAGUCUGAGCUGCAGAGCGGCCGGCUGCUGGCGCUGGCCGCCACCAACGCACUGGAGCUGGGCGUGGACGUGGGCGGGCUGGACGUCACACUCCACCUGGGCUUCCCCGGCUCUGUGGCCUCGCUGCGGCAGCAGGCGGGCCGCGCGGGCCGCCGCGAACGCGAGUCGCUGAGCCUGCUGGUGGGCUUCGACGGCCCGCUGGACCAGCACUUCAUGCGCCACCCAGACAACCUGUUCGGGCGGCCCGUGGAGGCGGUGCAGGUGGACACGGGCAACCCGGACGUGUUGCAGCAGCACGCCGCCUGCGCCGCCCUGGAGCACCCGCUGCUGCUGGGCCAGGACGUCGACCUCCUGGGGCCGCGGCUGCCCGCGGCGGCGGAGCGGCUGAUGGCGGCGGGGCUGCUGGCGCGCAGGCCGGGCGUGGCGGCGCCGGCGGCGCUGCAGCCGGGGGAGCUGCAGCUGGGGGCGGGGGUGCAGGCACCGCCGCCGCCGCCGCCGCCGCAGCAGCAGCAGCAGCAGCAGCAGCAACAGCCUGUGUUCGGGGGACAGCCGGACGCGUGGGCCUGCAGCCACCAGCACCACCACCACCACCACCAUCACAGCCCUCAGCCAGGGCAGCAGCAGCAGCAGCAGCAGCAGCAGCAGCAGCAGCAGCAGCAGCAGCAGCAGCAGCAGCAGCAGCAGCAGCAGCAGCAGCAGCAGCAGCAGCAGCAGGCGCUGCAGGGGUGGGGCGACACCGCCACGGGCGCCGCGCCGCCGCCGCCGGACCCACACGCCGGUGGCUUCUUACCCCAGGUGGCGGCGGCUGCGGCAGCAGCAGCAGGCGGCAGCGCUGGCGGCGGCGCGGCAGCCCACACGUCUGCAGCCGCCCUCGCCCCAGCCGCACAACAACACCCAGCACCUGAACACCUGCAGCCGCCACAGCCGCCACAGCCGCCACAGCCGCCACAGCCGCUACAGCCGCUACAGCCGCCGCCGCCUCACCCGCUGUGGAACACGCCGCUGGUGUACACGGGGCCGCACGACCACCCGGCGGCGCUGGUGAGCCUGCGGGCCAUUGACCCGGACCGCUUUGUGAUCUGGGACGAGAGCCGCCGACUGCCGCUGGAGGAGAUCGAGGCCGACAAGGCCUUCUACGAGGUGUACGACGGAGCUGUGUACCUGUUCCAGGGCCGCCCCUACCUGUGCCGCCGCCUGCUGCUGGGCGAGCGGCUGGCGCUAGUGCGGCCGGUGGAUGUGCGCUACUACACCAAGGUCAAGGACUACACGGACGUCAGCCCCGCCCAUCUUGGCGGCAGUAGCAGCAGUAGCAGCACCCGUGGCGGCAGCAGUGGCGGCGGCAGUGGCAGUAGCAGCAGCAGUGGCGGCGGCUGCGGCUCCGCCCGCUGCGAGGGCGCGCUGGUGGUGGUUCGCUACCUGGGCUUCCACCGCGUGUGGCAGGGCAGCGGCCAGGUGUUUGACAGCGUGGAGCUCUUCCUGCCGGACGUGGUGUACGACACACAGGCCACCUACGUGCGCGUGCCCCCCUCCGCUCGUGCCGAGUGCGACGCGCGCGGCCUUGUGUUCCGCGAGGGCGUCCACGGCGCCAACCACGCCCUGCUCAACGUCGUGCCGCUGCUGCUGCUCACCACAAACCCCAGCGACCUGGGCACAGAGUGCGACAACCCGUACGACGCGCGCUACCGCAUCGAGCGACUGCUGAUGUACGACAAGCACCGCGGCGGCAUUGGCCUGUCGGCGGCGGCGGCGCCGCUGUUCCCGCAGCUGCUGGAGCGGGCUUACCAGCGCGUGUCCGAGUGCGGCUGCCCCUACGCCAAGGGCUGUCCGCAGUGCGUGCAGCACCUGGACUGCCGCAACUACAACGCCGUGCUGUGCAAGGCGGGCGCCGAGGUGGUGCUGAGGCACGUGCUGGGGCAGGAGCGCGAGGCGCUGCGGCCGGCGGCGGCGGCGGCGGCGGGGCCGGGGGCGGCGGGGGCGGUGGCGGGGGCGGCGGCGGCGGGCGUGGAGGGCGCGGCGGCGGAGGCGGGGGCAUCAUGAACGAAUGAAUGACCUGCUGCUGUGUGUGUGCGUGUGUCAGGUACGAGGCAGGCUCCGUCCGGUGCUGUGUGGGGGUCGCUGUGUUCCUAGGAGCAAGAGCAGAGGGUCCUGUGUGCGUGGCUGGGGCAUGCGUAUGGGGGGCGGCGGACGUACAGUGUGGGGUGAGGGGCCAUCCUCAUCAGCAGCAAUGUGCUGCUGCCCGCUGGGUUGCAGGGGCGUGGGGAGGCGAUGGGCAAGGGGAGGGGGGCGGGAGCGAGGUGCCGGCCGAAUGGGCGGCGGCGGGCUCGUUCAGACGACGAG